GUUUCAUUUCUUUUAGUUCAGUCCUAUUGUGCAGUUUGAUCCAAAAUGGCUGCGAAUAAAUAUUAUGAAUUCGAUUAUAAUGGAACUCGAUGUCAAAUACUUCUGAUCCAAAUAAAUGAAAUGAGUACGAUGCAAAACUUGGAGAGGGAUCUUUUGGAGAGGUCUUCAAAGGCAAAUAUGCUGGCAGAGAUAUGGCCAUCAAGGAAAUUGCGAUCGACCCCAAGACAUGGACAGACAAUAAAAAUGUGCACCGCGAACUCUUCUACUUGGAAAAGGUUAAUGGCCACGCCCUCAUCGUACAAUUAUAUGGACUUAUAAUGGAGGAAACAGCAAUUCAUUUGGUUAUGGAAUACGUUGCAGGAGGAAGCCUAUUUCACUUUCUACACAACACAAGAGACGAAUUAACGUACUCGCAAGCCAUUACAUUGUUGCGGCAAGCGGCUGAGGCGCUUGCUUAUCUUCACUCAUUUGAAAUUAUUCAUCGUGAUGUAAAGAGUCAGAAUAUGUUGCUGGACGCCGAACGCAGAAACUUAAAAAUUUGCGACUUCGGUUUUGUAAGGGAGUUGGAAAAGGACAUGACUAAAGGAAAAGGCACUCCGCUAUAUAUGGCACCCGAGCUUGCCACGGUUGGCAGUUACUCUUCUAAAUGCGACGUGUACAGCAUGGGCAUUACGAUUUGGGAAGUUCUGGCGCGUGAGAUUCCUUAUGAAUCGCCGAAGGUCUACGGCCCUCUCUGGAUGAUCUUAAAUUUGAUUGUCCGGAUCAAUUGAAAAUUUUCAUUCAAAGCUGCUGGGAUAAAAACGCGGAUGUUUGUCCCACCAUGCAGCAGGUCGUGGCAGAAUUGCAAAAGUAUUUGUAGACUCGAUAUACGUUCACCAGCUCAGCAGCAAUGCAUACGUCUUAACUCUAUCUAUGCUCCUCUCUAACAUUUCAAGGAUACGGCACCGCUGAUAUAUGCGUAUAUGAUUUCUUUUUAUAUGCUGCUCACCAAUUUUAGCUAAAUAUAUAAAUAUACAUAAA